CUGCCUUCCCCUCCGCGCGUCUAAGAACCCUAACAGUAGAGAGAAGCUAGGAGCUAGCGCUGUGCGCGACACUGAGCUGAGAGAAGGCACCGCCGGUCGGACCAUCAUGCCGAAGGAGGAUGUGAGCAUCGAGGCGGCGGCAGCCGAGAAGGCGCCGUACUGGGACCCGCCGCCGGCGCCGGUGCUGGACACGAGCGAGCUGCAGAAGUGGUCGCUGUACCGCGCGCUCAUCGCCGAGUUCGUGGCCACCCUCAUCUUCCUCUACGUGAGCAUCGCCACCGUCAUCGGGUACAAGGCCCAGUCCAACAACCUGCAGACGUGCACCGGCGUCGGGUUCCUCGGCGUCUCCUGGUCCUUCGGCGCCACCAUCUUCAUCCUCGUCUACUGCACCGGCGGCGUCUCAGGCGGGCACAUCAACCCGGCCGUGACGUUCGGGCUGUUCGUGGGGCGGAAGCUGUCGCUGGUGCGCACCGUGCUGUACAUCGUGGCGCAGUGCCUGGGCGCCAUCUGCGGCGCGGGCAUGGUGAAGGGCAUCGUGGGGGGCGAUCUCUACGACACCUUGGGCGGCGGCGCGAACGCGGUCGGCAGCGGGUUCUCCGUCGCGGCGGCCCUCGGCGCCGAGAUCGCCGGCACGUUCGUCCUCGUGUACACCGUCUUCUCCGCCACCGACCCCAAGCGCACCGCGCGCGACUCCUUCAUCCCGGUGCUGGUGCCGCUGCCGAUCGGGUUCGCGGUGUUCGUGGUGCACCUGGCGACCAUCCCCAUCACCGGCACGGGCAUCAACCCGGCCCGGAGCCUCGGCGCCGCCGUCAUGUACAACAAGGCAUGGAGUUACCACUGGAUCUUCUGGAUCGGGCCGGCGAUCGGGGCGACGGCGGCGGCGCUGUACCACAAGCUCGUGCUGCGCGGGGAGGCCGUCAAGGCGCUCGGCUCCUUCAGGAGCACCAGCGCCACGGUGUGAGCCAGCAUGCCCAGCGGCGAAUGAAGCUUUUGAAACUGGAGGCCUGCACUGCUCCCCACUAUAUCCAUUGUCCUCCAACUGAUUUCUCUGCUCAAUCAUUCGUAUGUCCUCCCGUUUAAUUAAAGUACUAGCAGAUCCUUGCAUGAUGAACUGCCUGUCAAGGUGCGCGCGCUUACUGCUUGUCGAUCUGUGCCAUUUUAUUUUUUUUAUUUGGGACUACAAGGUCGUCGAACAUGUAUAAAUAAACAUUUAUAUGUUAUGCUUUAUGAGUAUUUUGUUGA